UCCAGUGUGUCUUUGGCCGUAACGAGAUGUGGACGUGUGUCGCGUUGGUGGCGCUGGUGGUCAGCGCGGGCGCGGUCACUCGCGACCAAUUCUACCCCCACGGGUUAGGGUUGCAAACGUUACCCAAGGGAGCUGAGGUACCUCCCCCAGAGGUACCUUUGAAGGUACCCAUCGUGUUCUUUGGAGAAGUUUACGACACUGUUUUUGUCAACAACUUCGGAGUGCUAACCUUCAGGGCUGACAUACCACAGUUCCUGAACAUCGAGUUCCCCCUACCUUAUCCGUCUAUAGCAGCGUUCUACACCAACAUUGACACCACGGACGGAGGCACUGUCUACUACAGAGAGACAGACGAACCCCUUGUCCUCUCAAAAGCGGAGGAAAGCGUCCAAAAUAACUUCCACGAGUACUACGACUUCAAACCCAAGAGUGUGUUCAUUGCCACUUGGAGAGAUGUUAUGUACACUGGAGAGACUGAGAAGAGAAACAGUUUUCAAGUAGCCAUCAUCAGUAACGGAACGGAAAGUUUCGUUGAACUGCUAUACCCUGAAAGAGAAAUCCAAUGGAUACAGAGGAAGACUGACGAAACCUCUUUACCAGAUGCUAAAGCGCAGGCUGGUUUCAUAGCAGAAGAUGGCCGCGUGUUUCCACUCAGAGGCUCUGGCAGUCAUCAGAUCAGAAACAUUGUAUCGUGGUCAAACAUUCACGAACCUGGAAGAUACGUCUUUCGUAUCGGAGUCAUCGGCCCUAAUGACACCAUUGCUGUUCCUGAUCAGUACAAUCAAAGUGAGGUAGAGAUCGCUGAGGAAUCCAAAACUUGCGCACAAAGCGGACUCAGCAUCUGUCACACGGAUGCGAAAUGCGUCGACUAUCAAGCCGGCAUUUGCUGUCAAUGCAACGAAGGUUUCUAUGGAAAUGGAAAAUCUUGUAUAAAAAACAACGUCCCUCUAAGAGUUCAUGGCAAGCUGAAUGGUGUUAUUAACGAUGUCAACUUGAAUGACGUCGAUAUCCAAUCGUAUGUCGUGGUUGAGGACGGCAGAUCGUACACAGCUCUGUCACUAACACCUCCGGCUCUUGGAAGUAGUUUACAAUUCCUUAACGUUCUAGGUAGCGUGGUCGGGUGGCUAUUUGCCCAACCUUCGGGAGUAGCCAAAAACGGCUAUCAAUUAACAGGUUCUUUAUUCAAUUACACAGCAGAUUUAUGGUUCCCAGCGACAGGUGAGAGAGUGUUUAUCAACCAAGAAUAUUUGGGUCAUGAUGUAUUUGACCAGAUAACCGUUGAUACCGAAGUCAGAGGCACUUUACCCGCCGUACUUACGGGCAUCAAACUUGAUAUUAGCGAAUAUGAAGAACAGUAUAGCAUUUCAGAACCGGGAACAAUCAGAACGGAUUCAACCCGAACUUUCACGAACAAAGUUACCGGCCAGAAAUAUGAACAAAGAGUGUCUCAAACAAUAUCGUACAAUCCUUGCAAAUACGCGCCACCUUCAUCAGACGACUCUGUACCUUUUACUCUGAAGGUAACUAAGAAUUAUUUAGGGUAUGAAGUCAGAGAAAAUAUUGUAAGAUAUGGUUCAAGCAAUAAAAUUGUGCCUUUAGGUCAAGAAGACCCAUGCGUUGAGGGUCAAAAAACCUGCAGCAAACACAGCACAUGCGUAGUCCAUGAGGAUUCAUUCUCGUGUGUUUGUAACAAAGGAUAUAGCGAUAUAUACGUUAACUUCGAGUCUGUAUGUAUAGAUAUCGAUGAAUGUGCAGCAGGAACACACAACUGCGACAACAACGCCGACUGCUAUAACUAUGACGGUGGCUUUGAAUGCAGAUGUCGGGAUGGAUUCGAUGGAAAUGGCAUCACUUGUAAAAAGAUUUCGAGAUGCCAAAACUUGAAUUGUGACGCUAACGCACAAUGUAUAGAUAACGAGGGCGACGUUCCGUUCUUAGCCAGUUGUGUUUGCAAUCCUGGUUACACCGGCGACGGGCUAAAGUGUUAUCCAGUCUACGAUUACACGUGUAACAGAUGUUCACCGGACGCCACAUGUGUGCUUUCGGAAAUCACAAAUGAAUACAGCUGUAGAUGCAAUUCUGGAUUUUCCGGUGAUGGAUUUAGUUGCGUACAAAACACGCCUGAGACUACAACGCCUGUGAGCUUAGAGGCAGAAUACAAUAACAGCAUCGUGCUCCCUCACUGCCAGGAAAACACUUGCACAUGCCCUCCUGGAUAUUUAUACUUUAGAGACGAAUGGAACAAUGAGUUAUGUAAAUAUGAAAUCUAUCAAGAUAAUAAUCCACCUGCUAUUUACAACCCGCCUGAAUAUCAACCUCCCGACUACCAACAGUCUGGUAAUCAAGCUCACGAGUACAAUCAGCCUGGUAACCAAGCUCAUGAGUACAAUCAGCCUGGUAAUCAAGCUCCCGAAUACACACAAUCCAAAUACAAUCAGCCCAGUUACCAGCCUGAAUAUCAACCACACGAUUAUAAACAACCCACAAAUCUACAACCUGAAUAUCCAUCACACGAACUACAGCAACCGGAAUAUCCAGCACCUGAACAGCAACCGGAAUACCCGCCACAUGAAGAACAGCAAUCUGGAUAUCCACUACCUGAACAGCAACCUGAAUAUACAGCACAUGAAGAACAACAACCUGAAUAUCCACCACAUGAAGAACAGCAACCGGAAUAUCCACAACCUGAAUAUGCACCACCUGAACAGCAACCUGAAUAUUCACCACCUGAACAGCAACCGGCAUAUCCAUCACCUGAACAGCAACCGGCAUAUCCACCACCUGAACAGCAACCGGCAUAUCCACCACCUGAACAGCAACCAGAAAAUUCACCAUAUGAAUAUCAGUCUUCCGAUAGUCCAUCAGCUUUUAAUUCACCUACUGAAGGCUAUUCAGCUUCAAAUUGGGCUGAUACAACACCUAGAUAUAACACGGAUGGAAUCCCACAGCCGUUGAAUCCGGCAGACUAUGCAUCAACCCCUAGAUACACGACGCCAGACAAUGAAAACUUUUCCGAAAACGAUGCUUCUAUAACUUGCGAGACGGAUACCGAUUGUCCCCCCAACGCGGUGUGCUCACCAGACACUGCAGCGUCUCCCUUCACGCCAUACUCGGGCCACUGCGUUUGUCCCGAAGGUUAUGAGGGCGACGCGUAUGAAUGUAUAGAGCGCACCGGUUCCACUUGUUCGUGCGGCACCUACGCACACUGCACUGAAACGCCAUCCAAUGAACUCAUCUGUGUUUGCGAUGCUGGAUAUCACGGCGAUGGAUAUACAUGCCGACCAAACCUCAGUUGCUCAAACAACUCCGACUGCGAACUAAACGCCGAAUGCCGCCUGGACUCUGUGAGCAAUGAAUACAUCUGCCAGUGUAUUGAUGGAUUUGUGAAAGAUCAAAACGAAGCUUGCAUUCCAGACGCGCAGCUGUGCAACGGAGCCCUCUGUGCGGAACACGCAUCUUGCUUGUUCGAUAGCUCUAUAGAAAUUAGUUAUUGUCACUGCGACAGCGGCUUCGUAGGCGACGGUAUCUCGCAGUGUGUGCCAGCAGAACGCACCUGUGACCUCGCCAACGACUGCAGCUUGGAUGCCGUGUGCACGUUAUCGGAAUCCGGAUACCAGUGCGUAUGUAGAGACGGGUUCAUCGGCGACGGGUACACUUGCACACGGGAGGUGAGUUGCAGGACUGACCCGUACUUGUGCAGCCCGCAUGCAUCAUGCAUACAAAGAAGCGAUAGCUACAUAUGCGAAUGCAACCGAGGUUACAAUGGAAAUGGAACUGUAUGCGAGCUCAACCCGCGGCAGGAUGGAAACUUCAUAGUUACCAGCGACGGUACUUCUAUCUACAGGGUUCCGUUCGUGAGGAGUACUAGAUACUACGCAACGCCUUUAAACAGUGGUGUAUCUCAAGUGGCAGUGGGAGUGGAAGUGGACUGUCUAUCUGGAAGAGUGUAUUGGGGUGAUGUCGUGAGCAACAACUUGAAAAGCGUUGGGUACGAUGGCUCUAGCUACGAAGUUUUCCUAUCAUUCGGUAUCAAGUCCCCGGAAGGCCUUGCUGUUGACUGGUCGGGUAGAAACAUUUUCUGGACUGACUCCAAAAAACUGACCAUCGAAGUAGCUAACUUAGACACGAAGGUGCGGAAAGUUUUAUUCGCUGUGAACGGAAUUGUCAAUCCUAGAGGAAUCGCCGUUCAUCCACAGCGAGGGAAAAUCUUCUGGUCCGACUGGAACCGCAGCGGUCCUAAAAUCGAGUGGGCCAACAUGGACGGCACCCAACGAGGCAUAUUCCUCGACAGCUCUGACGUGAAGCUGCCCAAUUCAGUGGCAAUAGACUUCGUGAGGGAGCGACUGUGUUACGCCGACGCUGGGCUGCAAAGCAUCAAGUGUGUUGGCAUCGACACGUUAGAGAGAGAAACGGUGGCCGAACACUGCCGGUAUCCCUUUGGUCUGGCUAUCCAUGAAAAUAAAUUCUACUGGAGUGAUUGGAAAUCUUUAACCAUCGAAUAUAUUGACACGGAGACCAAAACGAGAGGCCAUAUCGACAUACCGAAGUCAACAAAGCGGAUAUAUGGAAUAGCCGUGGCAGGCAGUCAGUGUCCCUCGGCCGACAACGUCUGCAUGCACAGGAACGGCGGCUGCGAUCCCGGACAAUUGUGUCUCCCCAAUGGACAAGGCGGCCGGUCAUGUGUGGACGGCGACAAAAACUACGCGGAACAUUAGGCUUUAAGUAUUUAGGCACACUGACAUUUUAAAUAAAUGUUUGCGUGCACCCGAAUAUACUUUUGUAUACGUGGAAACAGUUUAGUUAUGGUAUUUUAUAGGAAACACUUCAGUUGGUAUAAGGUCUUUAAUCAUAUUUUUUUAUAAACAUCGUGUUCCGAUUUGAUUACAAUUUUAGCAUGGAAUGCGAAUAUAAAAACAUCGAAUAAAUAAACAAAGAAAGUUUGUUUACCAAAGAAUUAGAUUGGAUUAUUUAAUAAAUACUCUCAAUUCAAUAUAAGAUCUUUAAUGUACUUCAAUCAAUGUAAUUUAUUAAAUACCAAAGCAAUAAACUUAUUUAUUUAAUA